AUCCAACGAGCUUUAUUCUCACUCAGAGCAGUGUAGAGAGCAGCUGAGAGGCUGAUCUGCUGAUUUACAGACAAUAAACAGCCAGGUGAGAAUGGGUGGCAUGUACCGCAGACGAGGACCUACACAUCUUCAGCUCCCAAAAGAAACGGAGGUCAGUCAGAUCUCACUACAUCACCAGAAAAUGCCAUCGCAAAAGAAAAUCUGUUUGCGCUCGAUACAGCUAUCGCAGUCCUUCAGUUCUAUGGAAGACUCCUCACCAGAACUCAGGAUCCCGACAUUUAAGCACAAAAACUCGGAACCAGAGAUUUUCACCUUUGAAUCCAUCCCAAAACAGCAGCAAUCGAGCUCAACUGUCCGAGUAAGAAAACCCCGCAGAGUGCUGUACCCUGCAAAAGUGAAGAAGUAUCUGCCUCCAACAGAAAGCAGCCCUGCCAAAAAAUGGCUUGCGUUUUUCUUUUGCAUCGUCCUCCUCCAAGUCUACAUGGAGGAAGGUGUACAUGACGGAGAAGACAGCACGGCAGACCAUGACCAUCGAAGCAUUCCUAAUGGGGAUCCUGAGGGGGUCACGCUGCUCAUGUCCGCCAAGAUUAGCGGUGAGAUCUUGGGCAAGCUGUACGAGGUUCCUGACAAUGCUACUUACGGCACGCCAAUAAGAACAAGUGACCAAGAAGCCUUCCAUUCUUCCAGGGUAGAAGCUAAAGUCCCUACCGGCCAGCCGCAGGAACAGAAUUCCCAUUACCGAGUCCACCAGCAAGAAUAUCACAGGGCAUCUCUCUGUGACCGCGGUUUCUGCAACUACAUCCUGAUCACCGUUCCUCUGUUAGAACACAGAUUUUGAUGUUCAGUGUGCAAAUUAGUCAUAAUGCUUCCGAAAAAAGUCAGCAACUGAAACUCCAGGAAGAAAUGGACAGUACAUAAUCCAUGACCUGAGUUACAGGCGGGCAUCUUAGUCCCAAGAAAAAAGAAGCCUUCUGGGUCAGAAGUUCUAAUGUCACAAGUUUUUUUUUAUGAAGUUUGGAGUCAGCUGUAAUAUUCCUAGAAGGUUUCUGCUGAGUCUGAUUAUGUCAGGACUUGGUAUAUCAGAUCAGAGGGAGAUCAGAUUUUAAAGCAGUGUUAAGUUUUUAUUUCCAUAACUCCCUAUGUGACUGUGUAGUUAUGGUGUAAGACAAGCUUGCUGUUUGUGCACACUUUCUCUCAAAUGGAAGAAAGCAAUGAACUGCUAUCUGUAGUAAUAGCAUCUUACAGGACACAUUGUCCUACUUUUGUGACAUUAAUCAAGUAAUUAUGCAAAUGAUUUAUUUAUUGCUGUUUUUCAUUAGUCAUGUGAAAAAUAAUACAAUAAGCAGAAGUAAUUAUAUAUUUAAGAAUUAAUUGCAAUUUGUGUUGACUGUUAACAUAUUUGUAUUUAUGAAGGGUUUUGAAAUUGAUAAAAUCCUAAAUUAUUUGAGGCAGAGUAACAUUUUUCAAAUAUGAAGUGUUUCAGUAUCGUGCAGAUACUAUAAAAAAAUGCAGUGAAAUAAAAGACUAUGUGUGUUUCUGAAGAAUGUUUGGAGUUAUGAAGUACCUAGUAGGUUGUGGAAAACGGCAGGAAACAACCACUGGGCGUUAACCUAUAAUAUUUAAGAAUGUGUAAUGGAUUUAUUUAUUAAUAAAUUAUGUUUUUGAAAUGGUUGGCACUUAGAUCAAUGAAACUACAUCACAUGCACAAGAAGAAAUGCUUGAGUUAAAUUGCAACUUUUCAUUGUAUAGUGUAUAUUCACUUAUGAAAUGCUAGCGUUCUGUGGAAAGGUGCAUGACAAAAUCUGAAAAGUUGAUGUAAUAUUUAAGAAUGACCUUAUUUAUUUGUAUUUAAUUUAUUUAUGACAUGUUAAAUAUUUUGUGGACAAUGACAUGCCAAAAAAAUAAAAGAUGCUUUUAAUUUAA